AUGCUCCUCGUCACACCGGCAGAGGUAUUGACGAUGGGAAGGUUACAGCAUGAGAAUUCCACCGACGCCCACUUCACAAAGUACAGGUUGUCGAAAUUUGUCACGUGCGCAAUUCGCCCGGACCCCAACAUGGGUGGCAGCCCGUGCCUGAACCCUUUCAUGAUAUCCGACCAGUGCACCUGCAUGGUCAGGGACGGGAUCCUCAGCGACAAUGCUGACAGGAAGCACUGCGUGGUGCGCGAGGCGCAGAAGAACGAGCUCUUGCCGGAUUUUUUGGUCGAGGGGAAGCCGAACAAGAAGAUAUUGACCGAUUUCUUUGUCGUCCGCGUAAACGACACUGCCCCGAAAAAACAUCAGCGGAUGUUCACGCACGCGGACUUCCCUCGCGAGAAUCGGCAGACGCAUCCGCAGAAGCGCGACGACAUCAAGAAAUAUCUUGCAUGCCUCACGGCGCCUUGCCGCCCAUUCUCACGGUCUUGA